GGAGUGCGCACGCUCGCGAGGGGAGCGCUCGUUGAAGGCCGCGGCUCCCGGGAUGGCUCGCGGAGCGGGCGGUCUCCGCGCCCGACACGGGCUGGACUGACCCGCGGAGCGCGGCGGCCUCCCUGGACGGACCGAGGGGCGUGAGGCGGACACCGCGGCCGCUUUGAAGAUGGCCCUGAACGACGUGUCCCUGAGCGCCGGCGACCGAGGGAACACGGUGGCCCAGCGCGCUCCCCGCGGCGGCCUCAGCCCGCCGGCGUCAGCGCUGGCGACGGUCUCUGGAGACAGCGCCCUCGUGGCCAGGCCCGAGGCGACCCACCCGGGACCUCCCCUUCGGCAGGCGACCCAGCCGGGUGCUCGGCCCGAGAGACGUCGGGCAACUGGCAGCGGCUGGGGCUCGCCGCGCUCCGUGAAGGGAAGGGACCCGGACGGGAGGCGCCGGUGUCAUGCGGCGAGGUUCUCCCCGUACCCGGCCCCCGGCGCGGAACUGGACCUGCUGCGGGGCGCGCGCGCGGCGUUGCGACUAUGACUCUGCAACUGCGAGUGACUGCGGCUGUGACUCUGCGACUGUGAUCCCCCGCCCGCCUUUCGGCUUAACACGCGUACCGCCCCGCCCCUCAAUUAGUAUGUGAACAGGCCUCUUAAAAUGCUUUCUCGGUGCAGCCGUAAUCUUAUUCCCAAGGGGAAUAUAAAAACAGCUGCGAGUCUUGUUACUGUAGCCUCGCACAAGGAAGA